AUGGCGGAAAGUUUUGAAAAUUUAGACGAUAUUUUAGCUGACUGGGUGAACGAAGAUUUCGAAAAAAGUCUUGUCGAGGCUGUGGACAGUUACGAUAAACAGGAGAAAGAAAGAAAAUCACGUUUCUCUGUCGAAAACGACUUGACAAAACUACUUGAGCAGUCGCAGUCGAACGCGACUAAAAGAAACACAAAAUGGGUAGUGAAAUUAUUUCAAGGUAAGAAGCCAUGGCUUUGCUUCGAAAUUAACGAACUCAAUAAGCAAAAGUUGUCUGAGAUUGAUUUAUUUGGAAAAAAAAUUCUUUUCUCAAUGUCAAAAUAAUUAUUUACACAGAUUGGUGUCAGGAAAGAAACAUCACAACACUACUUCUUAAAAUGAACAGUAAGGAAUUAGACCAAAACCUAGCAAGAUUUUAUGUGGAAGCCAGAACAAAAAAAGGCGAAGAGUAA